UAUAUUUUCUGUUCCAGGCCAUGGCGAAUGAUGCUAUACUGCCACCUCAAACCAGCCUGGAAUGCUCGCAGAAUUCCACGAGUACCCUGUUGGCCGCCGAGGAAGAAGUGCAGAUCAACUCGCCCAACUUCCCUUCCCUCUACCCGGCCAAAACUGACUGCGGCUGGAAAUUCAAGGGAAGCGAUCCGGCAGCGCGUCUCAUUCUGUUCUGUCCAGCUUUCUAUCUCAAGAAAGACAAGGAUCAAAACUGCACCGAAUACUUAGAAGUAAAUAAAGUCAAGUACUGUGGUUCAAAAGCUCCCGUUUUCAAUGCCACAGAUGACUUGGUGUUGAACUUCAGGUCAGAAGAUGGCCUCAUGCCUGGAUUCAACUGCACUGUCACCGCAACAGUGUUAAAAAAUAAACUCCAGCCAAUUGUUGAAGGCUCGGGUGCAGGUACCCAGGUAUCUAAUUCUACAGAAAAGCAGACACGCUGUGGAGAAAAAUACGAUGUCUUUGGCAUAACGCGGAUCGUCGGCGGUGAGCAGGCGACCCCGUACGAGUACCCCUGGCAGGUGGGCCUCGUGCAGACCAGCUCCCGCAAUGUGUUCUGCGGCGGCUCCAUCAUCACCAAGAAGUGGAUCCUCACGGCCGCACAUUGUGCCGCAAGCAUGGUCGGCAAAGAGUCCCGGUUCAAGGUGCUUGCGGGAGCCUACAUCUUGUCUGCGCCGUCGGUCAUCCAGCAGAACCUCCGCAUUCAGCGCAUCAUUCUGCACGAAAACUACAAUCCACUUGAGCUGGACAACGACAUCGCCUUCCUGGAGGUGGACCCGAUCGAGUUCAGCCAAAGGGUCGGCCGGGUGUGCCUGCCGGACCCCAGCGGCCUCUUCGACAACGUGACGGGGACGGUGACGGGCUGGGGCACGCUCAAGGACGAUGGCGAGCCGUCGAACGUGCUGAUGGAGGUGGACGUGCCAACCAUGACCAACGCCAAGUGUCGCCUGGCAUACGGCGACUACCUUACGGACAAUAUGCUGUGCGCAGGAUACCCCAGAGGAGGGAAGGAUUCGUGUCAGGGCGACUCAGGGGGGCCCCUCGUGCACCGCAACCCGAAGCAUGGGCGCUGGGAGCAGAUCGGCAUCGUGUCUUGGGGCAGCGGGUGUGCCGGCGUUGGGACCCCUGGAGUGUACACAAGACUCACCUCCUACAUAGACUGGAUCAACAGCGUCAUCGAAGGAACGUACUGAUUCGGUCCAGUGACCCCGACGAGGAAGGCUACACACAAGUCAUCAUCAAAGUGGUGCAGGAACUCCGUCAUCAACUAUCAAGAUAUUGCAAGAUAUCGCAGUUUUUUUUCGCCUAGAUUUGUUUUGUUUUGGAUCCAGCGAACCCGUCUUUCAUCGGUACGCCAGCCAGCCCGUUCUGAGUCCAAGGCGUAUGCUUCUAAAUGUAAAUGUAUCGUCAUUGAGGAUUGCCUUUUAGUUCUGAGCGUAGUUUACAACACACUGUUAGAGUGUACUAUGGUAUUAAAUG